CCAGAAGCUUCUGGCGGAGGGAAAGCUCGUCCGGCAACAGGCGGCUGACGGCAGCCGCUCACGUGACGCGCCGUGGGCCGAGACCCCAACAGCUGAAGCGGCCGCCCAGAAGGGGGCUUGGAGAGGGGCUUCUGCCGCAAAGCCCUGGGGAAGUUGGUGUGCAAUAAUGGAUCAAGGACAGAAUUCAGCUAUGCAAGAAAAUGCAAAUGCCAAAGCAAUUGAAGAUGAGUACAAGAAGGCUUUUGUGUUUGUUAAUAAAGCUUUGAAUGCAGAUGAACUGGGUCAAAUAGAAGAAGCAAUAAAUUAUUACAUGCAGGGGAUUACUCACUUACACAAAGGAGUUAGCAUUCCAUCAGAAGGUCUUGAAGGCACCAAGACCCAUUCAGUACCUGUUAGGCAAAUGCAGCAAAAGAUGAGAGAAACUUUAGAGAAUGUUAAUUCUCGUUUGAGACUUCUAGAGGAAAAAUCCCAAGAAAAUAUCACUGCAGUCAGGUCCAGUAUAGAGAUGCCCAAGUUAUACCCAUCAAUUCCAUCCAAAGGAAAGACUGAGAGGCCUCCUGUGCCUAGUUCAUUAACAUCAGCACUUCAGCCACUUGCAAGCAAUGGAAAUACUGGAUCUACAAGCCAAGGGCAAAUGGCUGCAGUGAGUCCAUCAUCUUCAAUGCCCAAUGAAGCACCCCCUGCUUAUACUCCAGAGGCCACUGAUGGGCACUAUACUGUGUCCUAUGGGACAGAGUCUGGGGAGUUCUUAUCUGUUGGAGAUGAUUACUAUAGCAAAUGCACUCAGCCACCUCCUGUUGAGAAUUUUGGAGUAGAUGCUGAUGAAUUAAUCCUCAUUCCCCAUGGUGUGCAGAUUUUCUAUGUCACCCCCGAUGGACAAGUUAGCGCUCCCUCAUAUCCUGGAUAUCUUCGCAUUGUAAAGUUUUUGGAUACAGAUAGUGCAGCAGCCCAGAGUCGUCCUCCUGCUUUCCUUCAGGUUUGUGACUGGCUAUAUCCUCUUAUGUGCAGCCAGUCACCUGUUCUCUCAUGCAGCUCUGGAGUCUACAUGUUCCCUGACAUGAUGUCACAGGUAUCAGGAUCCUAUGUAGGCGUAGUGUUGUCUUCAGAACUUCCAAUUGCUGACCGAGGACUAUUUGAAGAUCUGCUAAAACAAAUGACUGACCUUAGAAUACAGCCUGCUGAGGCUUCAAGUGAUGUGAUCAACCUUGGUCAGACUGUACGUAUUCAACCAGCGCCUGAAGAGAGGGACCGAGAAUUACCUGACUGGAGUGAGAAAAUAGCUCAUGGCAUCUUAUCAGGAGCAUCCUGGUUGAGCUGGGGUCUAGUCAAAGGAGCAGAAUAUACUGGAAAAGCAAUCCAUAAAGGAGCCUCUAAAAUAAGAGAACACAUUCAGCCAGAAGAAAAACCUCUGGAGGUCAACCCAGCUGUAGCAAAGGGACUACAUGUAGCAAGGCAAGCUACAGGGGGAGCAGUCAAAGUCAGUCAGUUCUUGGUUGAAGGCCUUUGUUCAAUAGCAAGUUGUGUUGGAAGAGAGUUAGCCCCUCAUGUGAAGAAACAUGGAAGCAAGCUGGUUCCAGAAUCUCUUAAGAAAGACAAAGAUGGAAAAUCAACUUUGGAUGGUGCUCUAGUUGUAGCAGCAAGCGGAGUUCAAGGGUUUUCAACAAUAUGGCAGGGUUUGGAAUGUGCUGCAAAAUGCAUUGCUAAAAGUGUAUCUAAAGAGACAGUUCAGACUAUCAAGUACAAGUAUGGGGAUGAUGCUGGCCAUGCUACGAAUAAUGCUGUGAGUUCUGCCAUCAAUGUUGGUGUGACAGCUUUUAAUAUUGACAAUAUUGGAAUCAAAGCUAUAGUCAAGAAAACCGCAAAGGAAACAGGCCAUGCAGUCCUGGAUGAAUAUAAGAUUACAGGAAAGGAUGAAAAUAAAGCUGUGGAAAAGAAAGAAAAAAUGGAUGAACACUAAAUCCAUGCAAAUGAAUUGCCAAAAGCCUUAAUAUAUGCUUAAAUGAAAUGAACUAACAGACUUGGUAUUUUUAUAAUCUUAAACUAUCUGGACUUAAUUUAUCAAACUUGAAGUUUAACUCUCCUAAAAAUUAUUCUUUCUGUUUGCAUAACUCCAGUACUGCAGGCUCCCCCAGCCCAGUGCUUUCCAUACGUGAAACCAACUUCUAGCUAACAUGGUAAAACUUGAAGGCCAGUACAUCUGGAGGGCACCAGGUUGGAGAAAGCCACUUUAAACGAAAACUGAAUUUGCAGUAGCGUUUAACUUGCACAAGAAAA